UGCGACACUCUUGACGGAUGUUGCGUCACGGCCGCUUUAAAGCAGACGCAGUCAAGAGCAGACCGACCACAAAUCCCGGACCAGAUGGAUCCUUUCGGACCCUAAAGAGACGGACUUAGACCCAAACUGAGACCCGGGUCGAAGACAUUGUGUCCGUUUGGACAAACCCGGGACGAAAACGGGAAUUUUCCUCCGGUGUCGGAGCGUUUAGAGUUAGACCCGAUCGGAGGUGCCUCUGUGGCCGGGAGCCUCCAUCCAAAAUGGCUGACGCUGAGGUUUUCCUGUCCCCGUCUAUUCGGCCACUUCACCUCAGCCCCGCCCAUUCCUUCCCGCCUCCUCCACCGGCUUCCUCUUCCCCCACUACCUUCUCCUGUCCUUCCUCUCCUUCCAGCGCUUCCUCCUCGUCCUCAUCCAUUUCCUCCUCCUCUUGCUCUGAAAGUUCCUCAGAUUGCCCAAACCACCACCAUCAUCAUCAUCAUCAUCACCACCACCACCAACCCAGACCCCAGCUACAGCUUCCUCCCCCCUCCCAGAGCGAGCAUCCAUCCUCCCCCAGUGCCAGUCCUCGCAGCUCCAGCCCCAGCGGGAGCGUCAGCAGCAGCGGCAGCCUCUGCAGCAGCAGCCCCAGCGAGGGCAUCGGCAGCAGCGGCGUGUCCAGCAGCGGCGAACCGCGGGGGCCGAGCCCCCAGCUGGAUGUCAUCUCCGAAGAUGCCAUGGAGAUGGACCUGGGGGUCCAGCAAGUUAUUGACCCAGAGGUGGCGCUGAAGGCCUGCCAGGAAGUUCUGCUCCAAGUAAAGCUGUUGGACAACAAGCCCGUCCAGCACGACCAGCAGCCCCCCGCCGAGGCGCCGGAGCGCUGCAGCCCGCAGUGGCACAUGAACCCGGACACCAGCUCCAUCAAAGAGGAAGACGAGGAUGAGGACGAGGCCCACAAGCACGCGCCCACGCCUCAGCGGGACCGCGUCUCCUUACCCCAGUCGGCCUCCUCGUCGUCAUCCAAGCAGUCCUGGUUGCUGCGGCUCUUCGAGUCCAAGCUUUUUGACGUUUCCAUGGCGAUUUCUUACCUGUACAAGUCCAAAGAACCGGGCGUGCAGGCGUACAUCGGGAACCGCCUGUUCAGCUUCCCCGACAGCGAGGUGGACUUCUACCUGCCCCAGCUGCUCAACAUGUAUGUGCACAUGGACACGGAGGUGGGAGAUUCCAUCAGACCCUACCUGAUCCACCGCUGCAGAGGGAGCAUAACCUUCUCCCUGCUGUCGGCGUGGCUGCUGGGCGCCUACUCCUCGGACAUGCACAUCUCCACGCAGCGCUUCUCCAGAGGAACGAAGCUGCGGAAGCUGAUCCUGUCCGACGACCUCAAACCGUCGGAUCCGGCCCGCUCGGUGCCGCCGUCGGUUUCCGACAGCCCCGUGUCUUCGCCGGCGCACCGCCGCUGUCACCGCAGGCACAACAGCAACAACGUGGACGCCUCCCCCGCCUCCGCUGCAGGCCCCGCCCCCGACAGCCCCGAUCAGGGGGAGGUCUUUGCCUCCCCGUCCAGACGGACGCACCAGAGGUCAAAGUCAGAGGUCACGCUGGUCAGCAGCGGGUCAAGCUCCAGUCUGCGGCGGACGGGGAGCAACCCAAAGGUGGAGGCGAUGCACGAUGAGCCGGAGCGUCUCCGCCCACAGAGGGAAUUCGUCAAGUCCCUCUUCUGCAUCGGGAAGCGUCUGGUCACGCUGCCCACCAAAGAGCAGAAGACGCAGCGGCUGAUCUCUGAGCUGUCGCUGCUGAAUCACAAGCUGCCGGCCCGAGUCUGGUUACCCACGGCUGAGUGCCAGCACCACGUCUGCCGGCUGCCCCCCACCCAGGGCGUGGUCCUGAACUCCAAGGACAAGGCCCCGUACAUCAUCUACAUCGAAGUUUUGGAGUGCGACAGCUUUGAAACCUCUCCCGUUCCCAUUCGAAUCCCAGAGACGAGGAUCCACUCGUCACGCUCCGAGGAAAGCCUGGACUCCGGGGCCACGGCUAACGCCAACAGCGUGAUCACGGCCGAGCACAGAGCGGGAAGUUUCUCCACCGUCCCGAACUACGACAACGACGACGAAGCGUGGGCCACCGACGACAUCGGGCAGCUGCAGGUGGAGAUGGAGGCUCAGACCAGCAGCAGUGACAACAUCAGCCAGUUUUCAGUGGACAGCAUCACCAGUUUGGAGAGCAAAGAGCCCAUGUUCAUCGCUGCCGGAGACAUCAGACGGCGUCUGUCAGAAAACCUCGCUCACCCGCCCACCUCGUUUAAGUGGGACCCCGAGGACCCGUCGGCAGUCGCGCUGAAAGAGCCGUGGGAAGAGAAAGUCAGACGGAUCAGAGAGGCGUCUCCCUACGGUCAUCUGGCCAACUGGAAGCUGCUGUCAGUCAUCGUGAAGUGUGGAGAUGACUUGAGGCAGGAGCUGCUCGCCUACCAGGUGCUCAAGCAGCUGCAGUCCAUCUGGCAGCAGGAACGAGUUCCUCUGUGGAUCAAACCUUAUAAAAUCUUAGUGAUGUCCUCGGACAGCGGGAUGAUCGAGCCCGUCCUCAACGCCGUCUCCCUGCACCAGGUUAAAAAACAGAGUCAGCUGUCGCUGCUGGACUACUUCCUGCAGGAACACGGCAGCUUCACCACCGAGGCUUUUCUCACGGCUCAGAGGAACUUUGUGCAGAGCUGCGCCGGCUACAGCCUCAUCUGCUACCUGCUGCAGGUCAAAGACAGACACAACGGCAACAUCCUGCUGGACUCUGAAGGACACAUCAUCCACAUCGACUUCGGCUUCAUCCUCUCCAGCUCCCCUAAAAACCUGGGCUUUGAGACAUCUGCCUUCAAACUCACGUCCGAGUUUGUUGAUGUGAUGGGCGGUCUGGACGGAGACAUGUUCAUCUAUUAUAAGAUGCUGAUGCUGCAGGGUUUGAUCGCAGCCAGAAAACACAUGGAGAAAGUGCUGCAGAUUGUGGAAAUUAUGCAGCAAGGCUCCCACCUGCCCUGCUUCCACGGCUCCAGCACCAUCCGCGGCCUGAAGGAGCGUUUCCACAUGUCCCUGACCGAGGAGCAGCUGCAGGUUCUGGUGGAGCAGCUGGUGGACGGGUCCAUGCGCUCCAUCACCACCAAGCUCUACGACUCCUUCCAGUACGUCACCAACGGCAUCAUGUGACCCCGCGGGCGGAGUUCUCCCCUCUUUCCGACGGAAACUAGAAGCUGAACGUCUCACUAAAGGAUUUAGUGGAAAUGAAGUUUUGAUUCUUUUGGAAUCUGAUGGAUGGAUCCCACCAGCAUUUUGUUGAGGUGAUCUGUUUACAUUUAUAUCGUUACACUUUUGAUUGUUUAACGUACAGAAUCUGGACAUUCUGUGGUCCAAAACACUAAAUGAGGCGGAGAUGGGAACCUUUCAGACGCCAUCCGGACUCUUUCUUUUUGUGGAUCACUUCAGAUCUUUGUUACGGCUGCUGAAAAGAUUCGGUGGAGACGAGGAUCUCUUUACCUUCAAGGUAUAAUCACUAAUUAGCCCUCUAACUACGUCACUAACGAAGCUUUUUGCCUGUUGUUUCCCGGUAGUUUGGGGCUGAUUGUGUCCUUUUGUUGCAAUGAAAGCUUUAACGAAAAGUGACAACAUCCCGAAACGGAUGCAAAUCGCUAAAACCAACCACUUUUAUUCUAAACGAAACAACAAAAAUAAACAAGAAGGAAGUCUAGUGUUUCCUCAAUAUUCCAUUUGUUUUGUUGGAAUUAACCUGUAAGUGAAUAAAAAAAAGUCAAAUAAAUUGUAAAAAACACUUAAGUCGGUUCAUCCUGAUUGGGAUGGCUUUAACUCUAAGAAAAAUUAACUCGUUUAAUAAUUACUCAGAUGAAAUCCAUCCAUAAAGUGAAGCCUGCCGUUAAACAUGUUGUAAUCCAGCAUGGCGGCAGCAGAUCCACAUUUAAUGAAGCCGUGGUGAGCACCAGAAAGGCGCCGUCGGCCGCGGCGGCCUGCGUCCUACCGAAGGACGUCGUCUUUGUUUGUUGUUCUUAAAGAACAGAAAUGAUAAAAUGUGCAGAUUUUUUCUUUUCUUCCCCCUCUGCGUUCUUUCUGCAGACAUGUUGCCAUGGCGAUUGAAGAGAGAAAAGGAAAAAAAACAACAGUUAGAGGCUUUCAUCAGAGCUGCCGGUAUUUCACCAGACAGUCGUCAUGGCAAAAUUUAAGAGGAAUCUCAGAAAAGACACAACAAAAAUAUCUACUGACACUAAAAACAACACACAGCCCAGGUUUAUGUAUUUAAAGCAAAGAGCAGCACUAGUUUUAAAAAAUAAAGUUAAUGUGACUGAGAAAUUAAAAAGAAAUUGGCUUUAUUUACCAUUUAUCAAUAUUUUCUCCAAUGACCACUAGGGGGAGACAUUUCCCCCCAAAGUGAGCUCUUCCCUUAUUUUACUUUCAGACUCAUAGUUAUCAUUUGCUGAAUAAUUUCCAUAUUUUUACAAAGAUGCACAUUCUUUUAAAGGAAUUUACCUUGAAAAGAACAACUUAGUGCCCAGUAGAAAAGCAAAUAGGACACAUUUGAGAAUAACUCCUACAAAUUAAAAGCCUUUUGAGCCUAAAUGUCGUUAACUCUAAAAUAAAUGCAUUUUCUUUAAGCGAAAUUUAAAAAAUACUAAAAAGGAUGACUGCAGUAUUAGGAAAGGAGAUUAGGCAGGAGAGAUGAACAAUAUUCCUGCUGGAUUUUCACAUUCACUGGUGCUGAAACACCAAAACUUUAUUGGCAUCCCGUUUCAGAACAGUUACCAAAUAAAACAAGGCUUGCACCCCUGAUGAUGCCUCUUUUGGCCUAACAGGACCUUGAAUGCCUUUUUCUUCUGGAGUUUAAAACUACCUCCAUUAUGGUCCGAGAGUUUUUUUUAAAUAAAAUUGUGUCAAGCGUUUUCUGGUACAAAAGAAGAUCUAAAUGAACAAACGACGUCACAGAAGCAGCGCAGUUUCCUUAUGUUGUUAUCAUUUGCUGAGUAACUUCACUAUUUUCUGAGGGAUGCUUAUUUAUUUGGAGUGAAAUGAUCUUAAAAAUGAACAAUUUAUGACCCUGUAGGAGCAAAAGGUGACCCAUUAGUAGAACAACUCCUACAAAUUAAAAGCCAAAAUGUCUUGAACUCAAACUAAUGUGAAACUUGUGUAAACACAGUUUAAAAAAAAAGUUACAAUAAAGAAGCAAAAGGAUGACUAAUAAAUAAUAAAUUAAUAAUAAAUUGACAAAAAUGUGAGCACUGUCUGGUAAAAAAUCCGUAUCUUUCAAUGUCGCAGCGUUUUUAUCAGGACGUUUCUUCCCGCUGAUGAUUUUGACUGAAGAGACUUGUUGGAUUACCGCUAAUCUGGCUUGGAUGAAACAUUCCCUUCUGCUGAUUCCUGUUUCUGCAGAUUAAAUAAGACUGAACGUUUCUUUUUAGGACUCUUAUAGUUCUUUUUUUUGUUUGUUCUGAGUAAACAGAAACGCUUGUUGAGCCGUUCAUACGUGGAAACAGAAGAUUUCUCCUCACAAAGUGAAGAUUUUGAUGAUGUCUGAUCUUAACUCCAGCAUUUUGCCUGGUUGGCUAUUAAACUCUUAUUAUCCUCUGAAAACGCGCCAGCAGCUCAUAGAUUUGAGUAAAAAAAAAACUGCUGAGCGUUUAUUUCUUCUUCUCGCUGCCUUUGUUUGUAACACCAGCUUUAUUUUUCUCAUCAAUCAAAACAAAUUCAGCUAAAAUAUGGCGGACAAAUGAAACAAAGUUGGUGGGAAAUUUGAGAGAGAGAUUCAAUAAUAAUAUAAAUAAUAUAACACGACUGUUUCAGGAUUAUUUUCUUUCUAGCCAAAGCGAAAAUGUGUUCUUUGUCGGCCAUAUUUUCAGAUUCUUUUUUUAUUUUUUAAUUGCAGUAUUUCUUAAAAAACAACAAGAAAACCCCAGAAAAGUUCCCGUCUGAACCAAACUGUGAAGAAGCGAACGUUUUCUAGCAUUUAUAAACCGACGGUGAAGCCGCUGGCUGCAUUUGUGUUGUUCAUGUUUUGACCACUAUCGGAGAAGCACAGGUUGUUGUGAACGCAGCAACGUGCCGCUCUCUGCUACACCUAGUCUGCUGCUUUCCACAUGUUUACAUCUGCUUUCGUCAUCUUUUCUGUUGUAACUAUUUAUGAACGUUCUUCUGUGAGAAAAAUGGCUGCCUUGAGACUUACAGACGUUACAAUCGCUUAUCAAUGCAAAGGGAGGCCAACGCGGUGUUUGGACCUCAAAAAGUGCUUUUUUUGUUUUGUUUUUGUGUGUGACAUAUUUGAUCACUUUAGGGGCAGGUUUCCAUGGUUACGUCUCCACAAAUAUGUUAUCUGGAAAAAAAAGGUUAAUAUUUAAAUGUACUUUUUGUUUUGUUUUUAAACCACUUUACCAUAGUUUCAUGUAUGAAAGUGACCUUUAUUUUGUCUCUCAGAAGUGCAAAAGAAGUGUUUUUAAACAAAAAAACAAAAUCUGAACAGUUUUGACUGAAGUCUCCGUGAGAAACGCUCGCCCCUUCUUUGUUCCCAAGCUCCAAACCGACGUUUUUCAACCUGAAAGACCUUUUUAAGUGCAUUUAUUCUGUGUGUAAAUGUUUGUCUCAUUCAAUAAAUACAGUUUUUAACUUCAGAGCUUGUAACACUAAAUGCAUUAAAACACAUUUGCUUUA